UUUGCGAGCUGUUCAGACGUUCGAGCGGAAUAUUUAAUCGCGGGCUUUCGACUCGUUCAGCGUUCAGUGUUCAGUGGCAAACUGUUUAAACUUUGCCGACGACGCAGUUUGUUUUUUAACAGCAGCCAAUAUAAAUAAAAGUUCCCCAAUAGCAAGAAGUGUUAAACAAAAAUUCACAACUGCAACGCUAAGUGAGCAAAGAGUCUUCCCGCGUGACCAUGGCAUUACUGAGUCAGAUGUGUUAAAACUGAAUAUUUAGGCUAAUCAAAUUAGUAUAAUAUAUAACCAGAAGGCAAACAAACAAUUCGAGCCACAUGGCAAUGCAUCUUAGAAGGACUCUGCGGCCCCUGCUCCUAAUAACUUUAAUCUCGUGCAGCAAUUCAUUUCCCCGGCCGCAGGACGAUUUGGAUUUCGAUGAACUUACCGCAAACUGCGGCGGCGAAAAUGGAGCCCCCCUGAUGACGCCCUGCAAGAGCUCCAUAAUUCUGGAAUACAUGACCGGCACCACGCUGAAAUGCGAGGCCGACGAACCGAUGAUUUGGUGGAUAAACUACAAGAAAUAUAAUGGGACUACGUUUAACAACACUGAGGAUCCGGAUCGACCAUACGGCACCAGUUGGCAACUGGUUAAUGUGUCGGCCGACCAUGUGCGCGCCUAUUACUGCGUAAAGGAUUCGGCUAGUAGCAUACUCACCGAGCAGUCGGCGGAGGAGACGAUGAUCGAGCUGGUGAACCAGGGCCAGGCCAGCUCCAUCUAUGUGUACGUGAAUGACCCGAUUUAUAAGCUGGUGCCCAGCGACACCAUAGUCACUGCCGUGCAGUACAGCGAAGUGGUUAUACCCUGCAAACCAACGAUGCCCGAAACAGAAGUGCUGCUGGAGACCAAUGGAUAUGAAUAUUCCAGCAAAUCGACGGGUCGGUACGAUCCGCAGCGGGGAUUCACCAUCGAAAUCCGCAGCAUCACGGAUGGCGGCGAUUACUACUGCCGGCCAAAUCCACCUCAUCCGGAUAACGAAGAGGAGACGACCAGCAUUGUCGUGCGCUUUAUUGGUAACGGUCACAUUGAUAAAUCCGGAUUGGAAAUUCCCAGUACCCACGCACCGCCAUCGGGACCCUUGACCUUGACUAACAUGGGUGUCACCGAUGACGAUGACGAAGUCCUCACUGUUACUAACCAAUCGGCGGGUGAGGUGGCACUAAUCUUUGGUGAUGGUGAUGGUAACGGAGCCCUAUCCUGGGAUCGGGAUCGGGCAAGGCGAAGUCCAGCCCGUUUGGCUCCGAUGAAUGCGUCGCCCUCACCCAGACCAGGGCAAUCCGGCAAACCGCUGCCAAAGCCUGUGAUCAAGUCCUCCUCGGACCAUCACGUCAUCACGGGUACCAACUUCACGUUGGAUUGCGAACAGUCCGCCUACUUUGAUGCAACAUACACGAUGAAUUGGGAGACGCCAGAUAACGACAAGAAUCGCAUCUCAUACUCGACGGCCACAAUCGAUCUGAAAGCCAAGAACAGUACCCACCAGCUGGGCAGGAGCACCUUGACGGUAUUGAACACUCAACUUUCAGAUUCCGGUGUAUACAAGUGCAAGGUCACGGAAAAUGAAAAGUCUAGCAUACAGUUCAUCUCAUACAAGAUUCGAGUUUUGGGUCAAAACGAGAGCUAUCUGAACGUGUACGAACCAUCGGGCCAUUAUGAUGUGCGGGAGUUUGCCAAUCGAACGAUCCAGAUGACGGCCAAUUUCGAGGGCUAUCCGGUGCCAGCCUUUAGUUGGUUUAAGCCGGAUGGCACCGAGGUUCGCCAGUCGGAAAACAACUUCCAGAUCGUGUCCACGGAGCUGAGCACCACGCUCAAGGUGCUCAAUGCCCAGCUGCAGGACAGCGGCACCUACAUCCUCCGUGGCACCAACUCCUUCGGCACCAAGCAGCGCGAGUACAACGUGAGUGUGAUGGACGCCCCGGUCCUCAGCAUGGCCGAUGCCUAUGUCCAGGUGGGAUCCGUGGCGCGACUGGAGUGCACCGUGCGCUCCUUCCCGCCGGCUGCCGUCACCUUCUUCUUCCGGCCCUGCAGCCUGGAGCCACGCUGGCCCACAUGCAAAGUGCUCAACCAGGACUUCAGCAAUUCAAGUAUACAGGAGGUAUAUGAGUUCCAGACCAAGCCGCGACCCGGAAAACUGAGUGUGGAACGCAUUGUGGAGGUAUCAUUCCGACCCACGGAGCCAGGAAUCCUCACCUGCGUUGCCCUGAAUGUGGUGGGCGGAACGGAGCGAAGGUCCUCCACCAAGGCGCAUGUUUUGCUGGGCAAUAUUUCCGAGAAUAUGACCAUUCAUGGCUUCGAUAAGGACCAAAAGAUUGCCAAGGAAGACAAUGUGAACUUCACUUGCGAGGCGCUGGCCUAUCACUUCGACGGUAAUCUCGGUUGGCUUCAUGAUGGUGAGGCUUUGGAGGCGUCUGAAGAUGUUCUAAUUGACACCAGUCAUACUGAUUACUCCUACAAGAGCACUGUGCACUUUACUUCGGUAUCCGACAAGGAUCGAGGAACCUACGAGUGCCGCGCCUACCAGAUCGCAAAUCCCUCGGUGUACACCAGUCACGAGAUAACCAUGUACGUCCAUGAUCCCUCGGCUCCAAGGUGGGUCAGCUCCAGCCAGAAUGCCAACUCGAAAAUCAAGCGAAAACUGAGCCAAACACUGGAGCUGGAGUGCGCCUCCACGGCGAUUCCCGUGGCCUCGGUGCGGUGGUUCAAGGACGACGUGGAGUUGGCCAGUUCAAAGCUGAGGCACUUCAUGGGCAAUGGCGACAAGUUGCUGAUCACGCACCUCUAUCCCGGGGACGAAGGCGUCUACAGGUGUCUGGUGGAGAACCGACUGGGCCGCAUCGAGAGCUCCUUCACGGUGGUCAUUUCGGAUCUUCCCGGCAUUAGCGGGCCGUGGAUUUGGUUCGGUGCGAUGCUGCUCCUCUUCCUGAUCAGCCUGUGCGUUUUCCUGGCCAUUCGCUACCAGAAGGAGCACAAGCGGCAUCUGGCCCUGAAGGCCGCCGGUCUGUCCAACUUCGAGGAGGGUGCCGUGGGACAAAUAAAUCCCGUAUUGACCCUGGACGAGCAGGCGGAACUGUUGCCCUACAAUCGUGAGUUUGAGUUCAAACGGGAAGAUUUGAAGCUGGGCAAGCAGCUGGGGGCCGGAGCCUUUGGCGUGGUGCUCAAGGGAGAGGCCAAGGGCAUCCGGAAGGAGGAGCCCGUCACCACGGUGGCGGUCAAGAUGGUCAAGCGAACGGCGGACAACGAGGUGGUGCGGGCACUGGUCUCCGAGCUCAAGAUAAUGGUCCAUCUGGGUCAGCACUUGAAUGUGGUCAAUCUCCUGGGAGCCGUCACCAAAAACAUUUACAAACGCGAACUCAUGGUCAUUGUUGAGUACUGUCGCUUUGGCAACAUUCAGAACUUCCUGCUGAAGAACCGGAAGUGCUUUAUCAAUCAAAUCAAUCCAGAGACCGACCACAUAGAUCCCAACAUUAUGACCCAGCGCAUAUCCGAUAGCUUUGAUCUUCACCGCGAUGCGAAUGGUGGUGGUAGCUUGAAGUACGCCAAUGUCGGUGUCGGUGUCGGUCUUCCGAUCCACUCGUAUGUGAAUCAAUUGCACUCGUCGCACAACAAUAACACCCAACCGCCACCUCACCGCAGAAACUCGGACAAUGAUCCCCGACCGGGCACCCGAGCCGGACGACCAGGAUCCGGAACAGCCACCUACAGCUACGAUCGGCAGAUGGACACCUGUAACACCGUGAUGACCACCGUGCCGGAAGACGAUCAAAUAAUGUCGAACAACUCGGUGCAACCAGCGUGGCGUUCCAAUUACAAGACGGACUCCACGGAGGCCAUGACGGUGACCACAAGUGACCUGGUCAGUUGGGCCUUCCAAGUGGCCCGUGGCAUGGACUAUCUGUCCUCCAAAAAGGUGUUGCACGGUGAUCUGGCUGCCAGAAAUAUUCUCCUCUGCGAGGAUAAUGUGGUAAAGAUUUGUGACUUUGGUCUGGCUCGAUCCAUGUACCGAGGGGAUAACUACAAGAAGUCAGAGAGUGGCAAGCUGCCCAUUAAGUGGCUGGCGCUGGAGUCACUGAGCGAUCAUGUAUUCAGCACCUACAGCGACGUUUGGUCCUUUGGCAUUGUCCUUUGGGAGAUGUUCUCGCUGGCCAAGGUCCCAUAUCCGGGCAUAGAUCCCAACCAGGAGCUAUUUAACAAACUGAACGAUGGCUAUCGAAUGGAGAAGCCGCCAUGUGCCAACGGCGAGCUCUACGAGAUUAUGCUGGAGUGUUGGCGUAAGAAUCCUGAGAGCAGACCUUUGUUCACGGAUUUGGAGAAACGAUUUGCCAGCAUGCUUGGUGAAGGUGUAGCCGAUCACUAUCUAGACCUGAACAAUCCGUACAUGCAGAGCAAUAUAGAGUACAGGAGGCAACAGCCGACGGAUUACCUGGCCAUGAUGGGAUCCCCCGAUGAGCUGGCACCCACUGCUCCACGCUAUGUUAACGGACACAUAGUGCCCGAUAUCCGCAUCGAGGAGCUGCCGGAUGAUUACCUGGCCAUGAGUCCGGACUCCGAACACGAUCCCGAUGCCAGCACCCACGCCAUAUUCUCACCCACGCGCCUCGAAGGCGAGGCGUCCGACUUUCCGGACUUCUCAAGCGAAACCACUUUCAAUUUCCCAGGGGCGCGCCAGUCGCCUACGUUGAGUAACAAUCUGAACAGCGGUUCGAGCAAGCCGCUGCUCAAGAAGAACGGCCUGCCCACGGAGGAUGCGGCGGACCAGGCUCCGGAGGAGAUACCCAUGCUGCACCGUCGCUCCGACGGAUCGGAUGAUGGCUACCAGAGUCCGGAGCAGGGCAGGAGGUUCAACCAGGCCCUCAAGCAGCAGUAUGUAACGCCAACGCCAUCGCCACGUCAUCAUGUGGAGACGAAACUCAAUGGGGAAUCCGGCGAUGCGUACGUGAAUGUGAAGCCACCCAGGAAGAAUAUACCCGGCAAAACCGCAACUGGCGGAGGGGGAGGAGGUGGUGUUGGAGCUGGAGCUGCCCCCACGGAAGCCUUCUCGAAUCCCAGCUACCAGCCACUGUCCAACGUCAGCGAGCAGCGAAGGUAUUAGGAGGUCGCCAAGCCAUUAGCUUAAGUCUAAGACCUCUACACAGCUUAGUUGGAGUUUUAAAUGGUUUUAAAAAUUAGAACAUUCAAACAUAAUUGAUCUUAGGAAAACAAAUUAUUAAGCAACAUGAUACAGCACGAUGAGAAUCAUUUAAAUUUCAACUGAUCUAUUUAGGGGACUUUUUAAAUACAAUACUACUUAGUGGCAUUGUCAAGAUUCUGAUAUAGCUUUAAGACCACACACUCACUCCAUGUUAAAUACUAUUAAUUAAUGCCAUUUCAUGUUUUAGCUUAGUCUAGAUCUAAGUCGAGUAAACGUAUCUCUGUAAUUGAUUGUCUUGUAUUGUGUAUGCAUGUACCUACGACUACUCAAAUACAAUGGGUAUAACAUAACAAUA